AUGGCGCGGCUCAGGGUCGUGCUGCAGGAGUCGGUGCUGGACGCCAUGUCGGUCCAGGCCGCCGAAGGCGGCCAGGCCAGCGAGGCGCUGGGCGCGCACCUGUUCGUGUGCGCAUUGUCGUCGUUCGGCGAGUGUGCCGGGGACCUUGCAGAGUUUGUGCUGGAGACUACGGUGUGCACAGAAGACGGCUCGAGGAGGCCCCCCCGCGCGGCGCAGGCCUUGCAGUUCUGGCAGAGGCAGGCCGGGGGCGAAAGCCUUGAGGAGGCGCUCCACGGCGGCCUGCGCGCCUGGGUGGACUGGAACGUGCUGGGCACCUGGGGGCACAUGCGGCAGAGCGCGCGCAUCGUGCUCGCGUUCACGGGCGCGUUCAUGAUCGGGCGCUUCGGCAUUCCAGACAUCAUGAGCAACUACACUUCCACGCCCGCCAGCACCACGGCGUUCCUGUUGGCCUUCGACGUGCUGGGAGGCUCUGCCUUCAAGUACAAGUUCGUGCGCCUCCAGGGCCUCGCCGUCGGCACCGUGCUGGGCCAGCUCGUCUACGCCAUGCUCAUCCGGUGCAACUUCUGGGGCGCCCUGUGGGGGGGGAGGUAGAGCACGGCGGAGGGGUCGCCGCCGCCCUCGUCCUCGUCGCCGUUGUCGCCGUCGCCCCCGUGGUCGUCGCCGUCGUUGCCGGCGCUUCCCUCGUCCUCGUCCCCGUCGUCGCCGCAGCCCAGGCCUCUGAGGGCCGCUCGAGGCCAGCGAGGGCCGCGGGAGGGCCGCCGGGGGGCCGAGGGCCGCUGGAGGCCUCGAAG